UGCGUUUGCAUCGUGUCACUUCACUGAAGAAACGUUUGACUGAAGCAGAAAAGCUGCCUGGAAGCCAAGAUGGAGAAAACCUUGGAUCCUUUGCUGGGCUUAUUGUUGCUGACCUCACUCUUCUGCUGUGGACAAGCUCAGGAUGCUGUGCUGACUACUGAGCCCAACUGGUCAACGUUUUAUUCUGGAGAGUUUGUUACCUUUAGAUGUGACAUGAAUGAAGGAGAAAACUCUGACUGGGAAUACAAGCUGAACAAGAAUAAUGAAUCAUAUCUGUCCAUCAAGAAAGAUAAAAACAACACAUUCACAUUUCUUCUUCAUAGUGGUGAAUAUCAGUGCUGUGGUCACAAGAGGAGUUCAGAUGAAACAAAGUGCAGUAAUACUGUUACUGUCUCAGCGUCUCCCCCUCAGCCUGUCCUCUCUGUGUCUCCAUCAUGGCUGAAUCCUGGAGCCUCAGUGACUCUGAGCUGUGAGGGUUUGGAGCAUCAACCAGCAGGAUGGAGGUUCUUCUGGUAUAAAGCUGUUCCUGAUCCAUCCAGUAGCUCCUACACCUCUGAGCUGCUUCCUGGCAGCACCAAUGGUACUGAGCAGAACUCCUUCAUCAUUAAUGGAUCGACUCUCACAGCAGGAUUUGUGUGCAGAGCAGGAAGAGGAGAACCAGAGUUUUACACCUAUUACAGUGAACCAAAGUUUAUCUGGUCUGCAGAUCCUCGUCCAGCAGCUUCUCUCUCAGUGAAUCCUGACAGAGUUCAACACUUCAGAUCUGAAUCUGUGUCUCUGAGCUGUGAGGGAAACUCUGCUGGGUGGAGAGUGAAGAGGUUUACAGAAAGAGGAGAACUGUUAGACUGCUCCUAUGGGGGGAGAAUGAAUGGAUCUACAUGCACCAUUGAACCAUUCUAUUUUAUUAAUGAAGUGUUCUGGUGUGAGUCAAAAUCUGGAGAGUUUAGCAAUGCUGUCAACAUCAGCGUACAGAAUUAUUAUUAUGAUGGUAUUAUCCUAGUGAGUCCUGUUCAUCCUGUGACUGAGGGAGAUCCUGUUACUCUGAGCUGCAGAGAUAAAAAACAACAACUUCUCUCCAAUGUGUUUUUCUAUCAUAAUGAUAAACUCAUCCACAAUGACAGCAGAGGGGAGCUGAAGAUCUCUGCAGUGUCAAAGUCAGAUGAAGGUUUCUACAAAUGUCAACAUUCAGGAAAAGAUUCACCAAGGAGCUGGAUGUCUGUUAGAGUAUCCAGUCCUGCCAGCUUUUUAUUUCUUAAGCUGUUGAUCAUCGGACCAGCUGUUAGAAUCGUUCUCAUUUUCCUCCUGCUCUUGUUCUUGUGCUGCAGACGGAACAACGACUCUUCCGCCAUCACCUAUCACCACGCCUUCACCCCAGCCAAUCAGGACGCACCACCUCUCUACCUCGAUCCAAUCAACUGGCAAGAGCUCCUUCAAAAAGGCGAAGCAACCGGAUCCACCCGCUUCAGCUGUGUUUCAACCCACCUCCUCCCCGUUUCCACCACCAGCCUCCCAGACGCCUCCAGGUCCCCUCAAGACUCCUCUCUCCAAGCUCCGCUCCACCACCAGUGA